AUGGCUGCCGCUAUGUCCUGGAGCACCAAGCUUGCGUGCCCUUCUUUUGAGGGUCUGUCCAGCCGGAGCCUGCCUUCUAGCCGGGUGAACGCUGACUCCAAUGUGGAGCUUAAGACUAAGGGCGCGGAGGGUGCCCCCCGCACCACCUGCUCGCUGAAGGCGAUGCGCGACCGUAUCGAGUCGGUUAAGAACACCCAGAAGAUUACCGAUGCGAUGAAGCUCGUCGCUGCCGCGAAGGUGCGCAGGGCUCAGGAGGCCGUCGUCAACGGCCGUCCUUUCUCGGAAAACCUCGUUAAGGUGCUUUACAACGUUAACGAGCAGCUCCAGAACGAGGACGUUGACAUUCCCCUCACCGAGGUCCGUCCCGUGAAGAAGGUCGCCAUCGUCGUUAACACCGGCGACCGCGGUCUCUGCGGUGGCUUCAACAACUACGUCCUCAAGAAGGCCGAGGCUCGUGUGGCUGAGCUGACGAAGCUGGGUGUGGCUUACACCAUCGUGUCCAUCGGCAAGAAGGGUAACGCCUUCUUCAAGAGGCGUCCCCAGUACGCCGUUGACAGGUACCUCGAGGUCGGCGCUGCUCCCACCACCAAGGAGGCCCAGGCCAUCGCCGACGAGAUCUUCUCCCUGUUCGUGUCGGAGGAGGUUGACAAGGUCGAGCUGAUCUACACCAAGUUCGUGUCCCUGAUCAAGUCCGACCCUGUGAUCCACACUCUCCUGCCUCUCUCCCCCGCCGGCGAGGUCUGCGACAUCAACGGCAUCUGCGUCGACGCUGCUGAGGACGAGCUGUUCAGGCUGACGACCAAGGAUGGCAAGUUCGCCGUCGAGCGCGAGACUAUCAGGACCGCGACUCCCGAGUUCACCGGCGUGCUAGGGUUUGAGCAGGAGCCUGUGCAGAUCCUCGACGCUCUGCUCCCGCUUUACCUGAACAGUCAGAUUCUCCGUGCUCUGCAAGAGUCCCUUGCCAGCGAGCUCGCUGCUCGUAUGAAUGCCAUGAGUAACGCCAGCGAUAACGCCAAGGAGCUGAAGAAGAACCUCAACCUGACUUACAACAGGCGGAGGCAAGCCAAGAUUACUGGCGAGCUGAUUGAGAUUAUUUCCGGCGCAGGCGCGGAAGCAAAUAAGCCGGCGGUGGCUCCGCAGGCGCCCGCGGGGGAGGCGGUAGCGGGGGGCGCGGUUGCGGCGGAAGGGGAGGAGGGGCGGCUUCUGGGGCAGGCGACGACUGCGGGAAUUUUCCUCCUAUGGGCGGGGCUGAUCGCGUAUGGCGCGUUUUUUGCGCCCCAUCAGACGCCAUACCGCGAUCAGUACUUCCUGGAGAAGCUGCUCAACCUGAAAGGCGACGAUGGCUUCGUGAUGAACCAGGUGCUCGUGGUGCUGUGGAACCUCAUGGGCGUCAUGCCGGGCAUAUACGCUGCAACACUCGUGCCCGCUUCUCGCACCAAUCGCACCACCAUCCCAGCGUGGCCCUUCCUCCUCGCCUCAUUCUUCGCAGGGGCCUUCGCCCUGAUGCCCUUCUUUGCCCUCUGGACGCCCGGGAAGGCAGCAGUACCCACGGAGGAGGAGAGGGGGAAAGUGGGGCUGCGGGUGCUGGAGUCCAAGAUAACCAGCGCGCUCUUGCUGUUGGCAGCAUCAGGGCUGGUCAUCAGCGCAGCAACAGCUCCUUCAACUGACUGGCUUGAAUUCUUACAGUAUUUUCAGGAGAGCCUCUUGAUCCACGUCACGUCAAUGGAUUUCGUUCUUCUCAACAUGUUCCUGCCCUUCUGGCUUUUCAACGACAUGGCUUACAGGAGCUGGGCGCCUAGAGACUCAUGGGGUGCAGCUCUUCCCUUCCUCCCCGUUAUAGGCCCUGCCCUCUACCUUGUAAUGAGGCCAGGGCUCCCCCCGCCACCGCCGCCUGCUGCAGCUGAAUCCAAGUCUGAUUGA